GAAGAAUUUAAAAAUAGAGGAAAUGAACAUUUCAAACAAAAAGAAUACACAGAAGCUAUAAAAUGUUUUACAGAAGCCAUUAAUUCGACUACACCACCACCAGCAUCCUAUUAUGGUAAUAGAUCAGCAACAUAUUUAGCAAUUGGUACUAAAUCAUCAAUAGAAGAAGCAAUCAAAGAUUCAGAAACAUCAAUUAGUUUAGAUAAAAAUUUUAUUAAAGGUUACACUAGAUUAGCAAAAGCAUACGCACAAUUAGCUCAAUAUGACAAAGCUUUAAAGAGCGUUGUUGUUGGUUUAUCAGUCGACCCAAGAAGUAAUGAAUUAUUACAAGAAAAAAACAAUAUAGAGAAUUUAAUUAGAAAUGUUCAAGCAAUAAACAAAGAAUUCAUUUCAAAAAACCCAACUUUAGCAUUAUCCCAAAUCGAAAAUAUUCUUUCACAAUCAAAAUAUAAUGAUGGUAUGAUUGUUUUUAAAGCUAGAGCAUUAAUUGAGAAUAAACAAUAUGCCCAAGCCUCAAAUAUUAUGACUUCUUUAUUACAAGAAGACAGCAGAAAUCCAGAAUAUCUUUUUGUUAGAGGUUUAGCAUUAUACUACCAAAACAAUUUAGAAGGUGCAAAACAACAUUUUAUAAACUCAUUAACAUUCGAUCCAGACUAUUCAGAAAGUAGAAUUGCUUUAAAAAGAACCAGAUCACUCGAAGCAAAAAAGAAAGAGGGUAAUGAAGCUUUUGUAGCCAAAAAUUAUCAACAAGCCUAUGAUUCAUUCACUGAGGCUUUAACUAUUGAUCCAAAAUUAGAAACCAUGAAUUCCCAACUUUAUGCCAACAGAGCUGCUGCCGCUUUAAAUUUAAAUAAAUUAAAGGAGGCAAUUGAAGAUUGUACCAGCGCAAUUGAUAUUGAUCCAAACUACAGCAAAGCAUAUAUUAGAAGAGCACAAUGUUAUAUGAAACAAGAAAGUUUUGAUGAUGCAGUUAGAGAUUAUGAAAAAGCUCAAUCAUUAGAUCCAGAGAAUGGUGAUCUCCAUAGAAAUGUUAAGGAGGCCAAAAUAGCAUUAAAGAAAUCAUUAAAGAAAGAUUAUUAUAAGAUCCUUGGUGUUGACAAAGCUGCAACCGAUAACGAAAUUAAAAAAGCCUAUAGAAAAUUAGCACUUCAAUACCAUCCAGAUAAAAAUAGUACCCUUUCAGAUGAAGAAAAAGCUCAAGCUGAAAAAAUGUUUAAAGAUAUUGGUGAAGCAUAUAGCGUUUUAAGUGACGAAAAGAAGAAAAGCUUAUAUGAUAAUGGCCAAGACGAAAACGGUAUGCCAUUGGACGGUGAAGAUAUGGGCAGUGUCUUUUCUCAAUUCUUUAAUCAAGGUGGCAUGGGUGGAGGUGGCUUCCACUUUGGUGGUGGUGGUGGUGGUGGUCAUCCAUUUGGCGGUAUGGGUGGCAUGGGCGGAAUGGGUGGUAUGGGUGGUAUGGGUGGCAUGGGUGGUAUGCCAUUUGGUUUUGAUAUGGGUGGUAUGGGUGGAAUGGGUGGAAUGGGUGGCAUGGGUGGUUUUGGUGAAAGAUCAAAUACAAGAUCAAGUAGAAAGCCAAAUAAAAACUCUGACUUUAGAUGGAGAUAAAACUUUCUAUUUUUUAUAUAUAUAAUAAUUAAUAAAUAAAUACUAACGACCUUUACGCCCAUAACUUUUUUUUUAAAAUCAUCUCAUCAUUACCAUCUCAUCAAUUUUUAAUAAUGUAAUAAUUAUUAUAAUUAAAUAAUAUAUUAAAACUAAUAUAUUAAAGUUGCAUCAUUUUUUUUUUAAAUAUUAAAAUAAAAUUUACAUUUCUUUUUUUUUUUUUUUGCUAUUAUUCGU